ACAUCACUAAGAUGUGGAUAUAAUUUAAAGGAUGGCUCUUGUGUAUUAUAAGCCAAAACGCAACCAGCUCUCUCCAUUGCUCAUAAUAUAAAGCUUGAGUAUAGAACAGUUCUGGAUUUUAUUUUAUAAAUGUCCUUCAGGGCAGCAGCCCCUUUAUUUCAAUAUGAGCUACCUGAUUUUGAAAUAAUGACUAAGAGGAUUAUUAGCUAUGUAACUAGUAUUCCCUGCUUGUGAGUUUAGAGUUUCAGCCCAUUAACCAUAUCCUUCUGCAACACCUAUUAGUGCAAAACUUCAUUAAUCAUUCUGCCUAAAUUACCCAAACACAUAAAGUGUCAUAAUUAGACUUCCUGACACCUAACUGUGUCGUUUGCUAAAAACCUGGAACAUCCUAAGGCUCCUUCCUUUGUUAUAUAAGUAUUCCCCCAUAACAAGAGCAUCAGUACAAGUAUGAUAUAAUUCAUGAUGACUGCAAAGUUUGUUACCACAUCCGUGUUGAUGCUGCCUAUGUGAAUGAGGUGAGGACUAUAUCCACCUGAUGUACUCUCUCUAACCCACACUUAUUUGUUAUGUAAGGUGAGCCCAUGUGUCUCAAUGAGAAUUAUGCUGACUGGAUGCAUUCCCCAGAUUAUAGAGUAUUAACAGUAGCCUUGAAAAAGAAAGAGAUGGAACAAGGUUAGGAGAGGGAGAGACAAAUGGUGUGAGGGGCAGACAGAGAAGGUGGGGUACAAAUAGGCCAGUAAAGAAAACCUGUGAGAGUGGGGAGAAAACAAAAGGAGAAGGGAGAAAGUGCCAAUAAGAAGGACUAAUCAUUGCAUAACAGAGUGAAUACUGACACCGGAGCACAUUUCAUAAGAAGCAGACACAUUUCAGGUAUCGAGAAUGUUCCUGGCAGGUUUGUUUGGUUGGAAUGACACAGAAGGGACAGCAAUGAAGUUGGUUCCCAAAAGCAGCUCUGAGCUGGUAACAGAGACCUUGAUGCUGGAACUGGGUUCCCACAUCAAAAGAUCAGAAAGGCAGCAACGAGAGCGGCUCAUCGAGUACAGAAGAGUAAAGAGUGGGGUGGACUACACAUGGCUUGCCUCCAUCCCUCGUCAGGCUUAUCAGAUCAGCCCAGGUGACCAACUGGAACUAAGGGAUAUUUGCUCCAAAAUAACGCCAUCUCAGUGUGGUCAAGUCAUACUCAGGUUCCGAAGGUUGAUGCUGGAAUUUGAGCCAGAGGGAGGGGAGAUCCCGCGCCUUUUCCGCUCAGUCCUGCAAGACUUUGUAGAGCAGGAGGAACAGCGUAAAAAGCAGCAAGAUGUUCGCUGGGAUAAGCGAAGGAGAGCAAAGAGUCUGGCAACCUUUAGCUUUAAGCCUCCACGUCUACGGGUAAACCCUUUUCAGUUGGAAGAAACAUAUGGAUCAGACACAGAGACUGAGUUAGCUGCAUCUGGGAGGGCAAGGAGCAAGAGUAUGCCUGAGUUUUGCACUACAAGAGAAGUGCAAUGAGCUGGGUAAAAAGGGCUACUUUAGGUGAUAUUUCUUAUAUACAUAUUUGCCUAGUAAAUGCCUAAACGCUUACCAUCUUAUUAACAAUCCAAAGGAUCCAUGAUAUUAAUUUGAAGGGCCCAAAUAUUUUACCUGCACAUGUUAAAAAAUCCAGUGGAAUAAAAGGCUGAUCAUGAAAAAUAUACUUUUAAUCAAGGGCCACAGUUUGGGGGUAUUUGGGUUGCUAAAAGUAUAGGGGGGCUGGUGGUGGUGGACCGUGAUCGAAACACUAUUACAGAUUAUAGGCCUCAUUUAUAUAUACCAGGCUCAAAGCACCUAGUUUUUUGGAUCUUUGCUUGCUUGUUAAGCCAAUAGAUUUAGCUCUUUGCUUUCCUAGAAUAGAGCACAAGGAGUUGUGCCUUUGCCUGCAGGUUUGGGAUAUGGAAGUCCCCUGAAAAGGCACUAGCUUACCCAUCAUUUAGAACACACAAGCCUAGGGGACACAAAGUGCUAUGGAACCCAGUAUUUACUGCUUGCAUAUAGAAGGUGUUUCUGACAGGCCCCCUUUGCACUUGUCAUUGCUGCACCCUGCUAUUUGCACCCAAUAUUUAAUCCAAUACAAGGCACAGAGCACAGGGCCUUAGUGCUCCUGCCCAUAGCCUUUCAUAUAUGUCCCCUUAUGUGCUCUACACAGUUUAUCUUAUUGAGAUGGACAUGGCUUAAAUACAUUUUGGAGGUCCUGUAACUGAUUAUUCACACUUCUAAUUCUCAGUGCACCCUACAUAUGCUAAUACAUUAAGUUGGAGAUACUAUACAGAUAUAUGAUUACAUUAUGGUAGCGAUCACCAGUUGGGAAUACAACUCCCAACAUACCAUGAACAGCUAAUGGUAAAUGACCCCCACCUUAUAUUAUGUAAAUAUGUGUAAAUAUAAAAGGCUAGAAACUUUAUUUUUUAUUUCAUGCUGAUAAUGUGUAAUAUACUUAAUUGUAUACAGAGAUCUGUAUAUAUCUGAAUAAAAGGAGGAACUGAUGGACAUCCACAUGAAAAUAUUUUCCUUUUCCUUUAUUGUUUGUAUACAUAGAGCAAGUGGGGGUAUAGUCCUUCUAUUCUUGUGUGCAUAGACAAUUUUCUAUUCUGGGAAAGAUUUAAUUUUUUUCAUUACCUUUCUGUUUUGUUAUAAUCACAUACUUGUGUGCGUUUGUAUAAUUAUUUUAUAUUUGUUAACAUUGAUGU